GCGCAGCGCAGCGUGGUGUAGCCUUGCUCUGUGCCUCAGCGCCCAGCAGGGCCGGUGCCCGGCCUUGCCCCGCCGCCCGAGCGGCCCGCUCCCGGCAUGCGGGCUGUGUCGGCGCCGGGCCCUCACGCGGCGCUGUGGCCGAGCGGCUCGGGGCGCUUGCGGUGCCCCUGGUGCUCCGUGCCCAGGGCUUGCAGGGUGCCAGCCCUGAGCAUGAGCUGCCGCUCUGGAGGGACGGGCACACGCUGUCCCCGGAGGGUUGGCUGCCAAAUGGCUCUCUUGAGUAGACAAAUUGGUUUAUCUUUAACCCAUCUAAGCAGUGCUGUGAUCCAACGACAGUUCAGCAUCACUGGAGCAUGCCAAGCAAUACAGAAGCUAACUCGCGUGCGAGUGGUGGACAACAGCGCCUUGGGGAACACGCCCUACCACCGGCCACCAAAAUGCAUCCACGUGUACAACAAGACUGGAGUUGGCAAAGUUGGAGAUAAGAUCCUUCUGGCUAUCAAAGGAGAAAAGAAGAAGGCUUUAAUUGUAGGGCACAAGAUGCCUGGCCCCACCAUGACGCCUCGAUUUGAUUCCAACAAUGUGGUACUCAUAGAAGAUAAUGGAAACCCAAUAGGGACGAGAAUAAGAACACCAAUCCCCUAUACACUGCGAAGAAGAGAAGGAGAGUUCUCCAAAGUAUUGGCCAUUGCCCGCAACUUUGUAUGAAUGCUAAGAGAGGCCUUCAGCAAUCCUUUUAUAUCAUUUCAUGCAAUAGCUGUUCCUUGGUCCUUUUCCAGAAACUGGUGAAACAUGAGAAAGCUGAUGUUCAUCAAGAAUAUCUCCUCCCUUUUAAGAAUUUCAAGCAACUAAUUUAAAUAUUGAAAUAGUUUAUUUUUUCUCCAAAAGAAGGUUAGAUUUAUUUCACAGAACACCUGCAGUAUGUUUGGGAAAUGGUCCUUCACCCUUACUCCUCCUGUGGUGUUAAUCUGGUCUGUCAUCAUUAAAAUGAGACCAUGAAAAUCC